GCCUAAAUCGAAUCGUAUGAACCAUAAAUUUUGAAAUCGAUAAACAAAACCCAGAUUUCCACAAAAAAAUCCAUGAAACCCUAACUUACUAUCCACAAACAAAAUGCACAGAUUAAGAGAGGAGAACAAGUCAACCUGAAACCAAAGCUUCUUCCUUCUUCGUCGGCGGCGGCGCCUUCCUUCUUCGUCGGCGAAGUCCUCGACUUCUUCAUCCUUCUUCGUCGGUGGCGUCUUCUUCCUCGUCGGGAUAGCUUCAACGUUGUUGUCGGCGUGGUUUCCAAGAAGCAGUCGCCGACAUCGCAGCAGUCGCCGACAUCGCAGCAGUCGCCGACCUCGCCGUCGUCGGCGUCGCUUUGUUGGUGGUGGUUUUCGGGAGAAGAAGAAAUAGAGAGGGAGAGGGUUCGAAAGAUUUUUUGGAGAGAGAGAGGGGAGAAUGGAAAACGCGGGGGCAGGGAGAGAGAAUCGGGUUUUUGGUUUGAAAUUUUGGGUUUUUUUUUUCUUGCCCCACUUCUCCCAAAAGUGGCUCGGCUUGGUCAAAAAACCAAUCCACCCUCACAUCACAGCGCCGGCGAUCCCUCACCCUCCGAUGGUGGCAAGGCGACGUGACCCUUCAUCUUGCCCUGUUAUUAUCUGCUAAGUUGUUAGUAGCAUAACUAGAUUGCCCGUGGCCGUACCCACGUACAGUUGUGACUGAAUAAAGAUGGGAACAGUCAUCCAAUCACUUACUAGUUACUAGUGUGUGAGUACCUUCUUUUCCACCCCUUUACUCGCCAUUGACAUACAAUAGACAAUCCACUAUCCACUCGUCAGCACACUUUAAUAUAUUUUCAUACAACACAUGAGGUGGAUCAAAUUCAAAGCAGAGAGUCAAUCCAGCCUCCGUCUCCUGUGCCAUUUUUCGUCUUCAUCUCCCCUAACGGUGUUAGAAUCGGCCACAACUCUCCCCCUCCAAAAAUCCACUUCCUCCCGAAACUUCCCCCACCAAUUUCCAAUUCUCUACAACUUACUACAGUCCACGCUCCCAUGGCUUCCCCCACCGCCGCGGGCUGCACCCUCGACGCCGCCGCAGCGGCGAGGAACCUCAUCUGCCGGGACACCACCGCCGCGGCGCACCUCAAGCUGGCCUCAAUCUUCGUCAUCUUCCUCACCAGCGCCGUCGGAAUCGCCGGCCCCGUCCUCCUCGCGCAGCUCUUCCGCGGGAAGCCGCUCUACGACAAGGCCGUCCUCGUAAUCAAGUGCUUCGCCGCCGGCGUCAUCCUCUCCACCUCCCUUGUCCACGUCCUCCCCGAGGCCUACGCGUCGCUCGCCGAUUGCGCCGUCUCGUCGCGGCAUCCGUGGAAGGACUUCCCGUUCGCGGGACUCGUGACGCUGAUCGGCUGCCUCCUCGCUCUCUUCGUCGACAUCACCGCCACCGAGCACGUCGGCCACGGCCACGGCCACGGAGGAGGGGGAGGAGAGUACGAGCCUGUCGCCGGCGAGGCGGGGGGAGGAGAUUUGGGGAAGCAAUCGAGGGGGCUAUUGAGGAUGGAAUCGGGGGAGGGGGAGGAGGAGGAAUCGAGGGGGGCGAGGGAGGAGGAGGAGGAAUUGAUGGCGAAGGUGAAACAGAGAUUGGUGUCUCAGGUGCUGGAGAUCGGGAUAAUCUUCCACUCGGUGAUAAUCGGAGUGACGAUGGGGACGUCGCAGAAUCGGUGCACGAUUAAGCCUCUGGUGGCGGCGCUCUCCUUCCACCAGAUCUUCGAAGGCAUGGGGCUCGGCGGCUGCAUUGCUCAGGCUGGUUUCAGGCUGAGGACGGUGGCCUAUAUGUGUGUGAUGUUCGCAGUGACGACGCCGAUGGGGAUAUUGUUAGGGAUGUUCAUUUUCUGGCUGACUGGCUACGACGACACCAACCCUAAUGCCUUGAUCAUGGAAGGACUGCUGGGCUCGCUCUCUUCUGGCAUCCUCGUCUAUAUGGGUCUUGUCGAUCUCAUUGCGCUUGAUUUUUUCCAUAACAAGCUCAUGAGCUCCACUCCACGCCUGAAGAAGACUUCUUUCUUUGCCCUUGUUCUUGGCUCUGCCUCUAUGUCCAUCCUUGCUCUCUGGGCUUAAUUAGCUUUAACGUCCCUCCCUUUUUGAGUGAUAUCGAAGAGAAAAUCUAAACGUUUUGUGCAUAGUAUAUAGCAGUAUAUGUAGCUAACUCUACCAAUUCACAAAGAUCAAGGAGCUACGCAUGAGUUUAACUUGUCAA